AUGUCUCUCGUGGCCAGCGAUAUCCCAACGGACGAAGACUUAGAAGAUCUGGUGAGUCAACAACAGCGAGGCUCAAUUUUUCCACAGCCAAUGUGUUGUUUUACGCCAUCACUGUUUUAGUUUGCUACUGUAAUACUACUUCUGUAGACUGUAUUACUGUUUUGUGACAUCACUGUAACAGCUGCAGUUACUGUAUUGCUACUCUAUUAGCCUACUAUAAGUUGUAUAGACUUAACUAACUAAUUAUCCUCUUCUUGUUUCCAAGGUUGAGGAUGGACUUUCUCUUGCAACCUACAUAUCAGACUCUGGAAAGGUGAGAUGACUUCCUGUCCGCUCGUGUAUUUCUCUCUGUGUGUGUGUGUGUGUGUGUCUGUGUUCUCCUAACCCUUGUUUGUGUUUCAACAGAAAGCCAGGAAAAAGAAGCCAUCUGGUAAACCCCCCACUUCUCCCAGUAAGACCAGCUAUCAUCUACAAUAGAUCUGACUUUGAGAAUCAAGUUUCAAUUCAACUCCAUUGCUUUCACCACCCUAACUUUGUUGUCUGUCCGUGUGUGCGUCUGUCCGUGUGUGCGUCUGUCCGUGUGCGCGUGUGCGCGUGUGUGUGUGUGUGUGUGUGUGUGUGCAGGGUCUCCGUAUCUCUCCAGUAUGGAUGUGAACCCGAGGAGAUCAGCGGUGUCAGCCUGGAGGCCCCUGAGAGGGACACUGGGGGAGACCCUAGGGGGGAGAGGUGACACUGUGGGGGAGAGGGGUGAGACAGCUCGGACCCCCGGAGAGAACUGUCUGGCUUCGCUAAGCAACGGGCACGGUGGGUACCAUGGAAAUAGAAACAGAACUUUACCACCAUAGAAACCAGUGCUUUACAUACCAAUGUGCCUGUACUACAGAGAGAGAAGUCCAUACCUAAACCUCCACAGGGACACACACAUAGUUAUUCAGCUAGUGUUAUUGUCUUGUUGCUUGUUAUUCCAGCUGACAGCUUGGAGUGUUUUGUUGUCCCCUAGUGAUAUGCCUUGCUCAGAGGGGAACCAUGUCUUACAACAUCAUUCACUAUAGGUCUACCAUUGUAUUAAAAAAUAUGGGGUUAAUCCUCGAGGGGAAAAGAGAAGAGGACGAGGAGAGCGAAAGACAGGAAAGAAUGUAACGAUAAGAGACAGAGCAAAAAGAAAAAAAAAGGUGAAGAAAGAAGGAAGAAGUGAAGGAGGAAGGAAAGGAAGAGGAAGGAAGGAAGGAAGGGAGGCAUGCAAGGGAAGGAAUGAGAGAAGGAAGGAAGGAAGCGUGUCUCUCAGGAGAGCUCGACUCGAGUACCGAGAGAGAUCUAGAUCGCUAUCGUGCGAUCGUCUCUCUCUCUCAGCAUCUCUCUCUCUCCGCUCCUCUCUCUCUCUCUCUCUCUCUCUUCUCUUCCUCUAGGUCUGUCCCAGUCUCUGAGAGGGGGCUUUGACAUAACACACACCUCAGCCCGGCUCUCCUCUUCUCCCUGCAGCUCCAGAGUAUCUCCAACAGGCUCUGGGCAUUAAGAAACACAAACACUCACGCUCCUCAUCCAACGGGUGUGCUGCGUGUGUGGUUGUGUACCUGUGUUCUAUUCUGUGUGUGUGUUGUACCUGUGUUCUAUUCUGUGUGUGUGUGUACCUGUGUUCUAUUGUGUGUGUGUGUACCUGUGUUCUGUUUUGUGUGUGUACCUGUGUUAUAUUCUGUGUGUGUGUGUGUACCUGUGUUCUAUUGUGUGUGUGUUCCAUUCUACGUGUAUGUAACAGUUAUUCUCCACCAGACUACAGAGAGAAGGAGGACAUGUAUGAUGAGAUCAUCCACCUCAAGAAGGUAAAGAACCACACACAAGUUAUUUCAGAAUAUUUAGGUAAGUUAGCAGGCUAACUCAUUGAUCCUGCUUUGUAGUAGGUGUUGGACAUUUAGAACAUUCUAGCUAAUGCCUUUAGUCAUGAAUUCAGAUGAAUUGAUCAGGUCUGUCUGUUCCUCUCUAAGAGUCUUCAGGCCCAGAAGUCAGAGAAGGAUAGGAUGAAAGCCAAACUACGGCGUCUGGAAGAGGACAAAACUAAGAAAGACAAACAGAUAGAACAGCUCCUGGAUCCCACCAAGGUAACAACCACCAGCAGCAUCACCUCAGAUCAUAGUGACUCCAUGGAGGUCCCUGUAGCAGCUCAGAUCAUAGUGACUCCAUGGAGGUCCCUGUAGCAGCUCUGAUCAUAGUGACUCCAUGGAGGUCCCUGUAGCAGCUCUGAUCAUAGUGAUUCCAUGGAGGUCCCUGUAGCAGCUCUGAUCAUAGUGACUCCAUGGAGGUCCCUGUAGCAGCUCUGAUCAUAGUGACUCCAUGGAGGUCCCUGUAGCAGCUCUGAUCAUAGUGACUCCAUGGAGGUCCCUGUAGCAGCUCUGAUCAUAGUGACUCCAUGGAGGUCCCUGUAGCAGCUCUGAUCAUAGUGACUCCAUGGAGGUCCCUGUAGCAGCUCUGAGCCUGUUGUUUUCCCUCCACAGGGACCGGAGUACACACUGAGUCUGGUGGACAAGAAAAACCAGGGGAGCCUGGUAAGUGUGUGGUGUGUGUCUGUGUGUGUGUUGUAGAAAGGUGUUGAUUGACAUGUCCUGUCCUGCAGAUUGUUAACGGACUAAAACAGAGAAUCCUGAAGCUGGAACAGCAGUGUACAGAGAAAGAGAACACUGUGACGUAAGUCUGCCUGCCUGUCUGUCUCUGCCUGUCUCUGUCUGUCUGUCUCUGCCUGUCUCUGUCUGUCUGUCUCUGCCUGCCUGCCUGUCUAUCUCUGCCUGCCGGUCUCUGUCUGUCUCUGCCUGCCUGUCUCUGCCUGUCUCUGCCUGCCUGUCUCUGCAUGUCUCUGCCUGCCUGUCUCUGCAUGUCUCUGCCUGCCUCUGCCUGCCGGUCUCUGCCUGUCUCUGCCUGCCUGUCUCUGCCUGUCUAUCUCUGCCUGCCGGUCUCUGCCUGUCUCUGCCUGCCUGUCUCUGUCAUGUCUCUGCUGCCUCUGCCUGCCGUUCUGUCCUGCGUCUCUGCUGUCCUGUCUCUGCCAUGUCUUGCCUGCUUUCUUGCGUCAUGUCUCUGCCUGCCUGCUGCGUCUUCUGCUGUCUCUGCCCUGCUCUGUUCUCUGCCUGUCUACCUGCCUCGGCUGCCUUCUCUGCGCUGCUGAGUCCUGUGCUGUCCCCUGUCUCUGUCUGUCUGUCUGUCUGUCUGCCUGUCUGUCUCUAUCUCUCUCUAUUUAUUUAUUAUACAUUUUGCAGGAUGAAAUCUCUUGAGAUGCACCAUCUAGCUUUAAAGUGUGUCCAAAUAAAAACACACACUGAGUGGACAAAACAUUAGGAACACCUUCCUGAUAUUGAGUUACACCCCCUUUUGCCCUCAGAAGAGCCUCAAUUCGUUGGGGCAUGGACUCUACAAGGUGUCGAAAGCAUUCCACAGGGAUGCUGCCCCAUGUUGACUCCAAUGCUUCCCACAGUUGUGUCAAGUUGGCUGGAUGUCCUUUGGGAUGGUGGACCAUUCUUGAUACACACGGGAAACUGUUGAGCGUGAAAAACCCAGCAGUGUUGCAGUUCUUGACUCAAACCGGUGCGCCUGGUACCUACUACCAUACCCCGUUCAAAGGCACUUAAAUAUUUUGCCUUGCCCAUUCACCCUCUGAAUGGCACACAUACACAAUCCAUGUCUCAAUUGUCUCAAGGCUUAAAAAAUCCUCCCCUUCAUCUACACUGAUUUGAAGUGGAUUUAACAGGUGGGAUCAGUAAGGGAUCAUAGCUUUCACCUGGAUUCAUCUGGUCAUGGAAAGAGCAGGUGUUCAUAAUGUUUUGUACACUCAGUGUAUAUCACUAAAGUAUAAUAUUUUCUGUAUGGUUUUAGUUGAUUAUAAAAUCCAAGAUGAGUAGUAUCAUCUUCAUACUGUCAUUUCCUGUUGUGACAGUAAACUGCAGAGUGAGCUGAAGACCACUAAUCUGGAGGAGUUGAAGAUCACAGUGGAGACCUACUUUGAGGAGGUAAAUCUCUGCUCUCUGUGCUAGUGCAGUUAGAUGUUUUAUUUGUAUUUGAACGUGACCUUUUCUGGUCCUAACGUGUGUGUGUGUGUGUUCUCCAGAUUCAGAGACUGCGGAUGAUAUUGGACGCAACAGAGAAAAGGUACAGAAAGUUUACAUUUUAGUAAUUUAGCAGAUGCUCUUAUCUAGAGUAACUUACAAGAGCAAUUAUGGUUAAGUGCCUUGCUCAAGGGCACAUUGGCAGAUUUUUUUCACAGAGUCGGCUUGGGUAUUCGAACCAGCGACCUUUCUGUUACUGGCCCAACGCUCUUAACCGCUAGGCUACCUGCCGUCCCAUUCACAGACUUGUUCACUUACAUUUUCGGUUCAAUCUCAUACCCUCUUCUCUCUCUCUCUCUCCUCUCGCUCUCCCUCCCCCCUCUCUCCCUCCCCCCUCUCUCCCUCCCCCCUCGCUCUUCUCUCCCUCUGUAGUAGUAGAGCAGAGAGUAAAGGUUCUCAGAGGCAGCAGAAGGUUCUAAGCUCUACGGUUCUGCGUCUAUCAGAGAACAUUAAACAGCUACAGCAGGAGAACCACACACUGAGAGAGGAACUGAACACAGACAGCCCAGCCAGUGGGCUGAAAGGUACACAUACACACUCUGAGAGAGGAAAUCGACACAACACAGCGGGGUCAAAGGUUAAAUAACAAAUGGCCCAUUCUCCUGUAUUCCUAGUAUUUCUAUUGGAUGAUAUGUUGUACUUGUGUUUCAGCCUACAAAGACUGGAGCAAACAGAGACUAUUGAGGAGACUGGUGGAACUGGAGAGGGUGAGUGGAUGGGGCCUUUCUCCUUCACUCAACACUUAUUCUCCUCCUCAGUUUCCUGGUUUGUCCUACACAGUGGAAUGGAGGGAAUAACCUAGGCUUUAGCUCAGGGGGAUAACACAGUCUUGUGGCUCACACACACACGCACACACACGUUAACCCUACCUGUCCCUUCCUGUGUUAGAGGUUAGAGGAGGUGAGGAGAGCCCCAGGCAGGAGGAAUGGAGUGGAAAGAGCAGUCCAGAACGUUAACCCUACCUGUCCCUUCCUGUGUUAGAGGUUAGAGGAGGUGAGGAGAGCCCCAGGCAGGAGGAGUGGAGUGGACAGAGCAGUCCAGAACGUUAACCCUACCUGUCCCUUCCUGUGUUAGAGGUUAGAGGAGGUGAGGAGAGCCCCAGGCAGGAGGAGUGGAGUGGACAGAGCAGUCCAGACUGACCACCAGACCACACCCACGGAGACAGAGGUUGCUACGCCGCCGGGGAUAACCACCGUAGCAAUGGAAGGGGGCGUUGCCGUGGUAAACACCCAACAGGAAGGGGAGGGAUUUGUCCGUCUGAAGGGGUGUGUCAGCCAACUGGAGCAGGAUAAGGCGGAGCUACAGGAGACGCUGACCAAUAGAGAGUAAGAGAGACACUACUAUGACUACAGCAAUGCAGUAUGGGAAAUUGAAAUUGGAAAUCGCCAGUAAUUGCAAUAGAAUGUUUGAUAUUGAGUUAUUGGUAUUAUGAUGGUGUUCUUAGUAUUGAGAAUAUGUUUAGAGCGUUCUCAGAGUGUUUGGAAUCUUCUGUUUUCAGACAGGAGGUGAAACGACUGAUCGCUGAGUCUUCUGUUUUCAGGGAGGAGGUGAAACGACUGAUCGCUGAGUCUUCUGUUUUCAGGGAGGAGGUGAAACGACUGAUCGCUGAAUCUUCUGUUUUCAGGGAGGAGGUGAAACGACUGAUCGCUGAGUCUUCUGUUUUCAGGGAGGAGGUGAAACGACUGAUCGCUGAAUCUUCUGUUUUCAGAGAGGAGGUGAAACGACUGAUCGCUGAGUCUUCUGUUUUCAGAGAGGAGGUGAAACGACUGAUCGCUGAAUCUUCUGUUUUCAGAGAGGAGGUGAAACGACUGAUCGCUGAGUCUUCUGUUUUCAGAGAGGAGGUGAAACGACUGAUCGCUGAGUCUUCUGUUUUCAGAGAGGAGGUGAAACGACUGAUCACUGAGUCUUCUGUUUUCAGAGAGGAGGUGAAACGACUGAUCGCUGAAAGAGAGCAGGAAGAGGAAGAGAUGGAGAGGAGGCAGAAUGAACAAAGGAGUGAACAUGAGAAGGAAGCACAACUCUACCAGUAUGUAUCUCCCAGUUCAACCUGAACUUCCUGACUGGUGAAUACACUAUUACACAAUCAAUGGUGUUUACAGCUUGUAUUUAAAUACCGUAUUAAGAUCAAAUAUUAAAUAAUUACUACUUUAUCUAUUUACAACAGGCUUAUAACCACUGUGACAUGCCCACAGAGGUUGUAUGGAAACUUCUUCUCUCUGUGUGUCUGUGCCAUAAAGUUUCCAUGGAAACUUCACCUUUCUACUUGUCUAAUUUCUCCUUGUCCAGACUGGAGAUAGAACAGCUGACAGUGAAGAUACAAUCUCUGGAGGAAGAGAAGAAGAGAUGGACUGAAGAAGAAGAGAGAGAGCGGGAGGAACAGAACCAGGUGAACCGGAAGGAGAACCCAGAAGAGAGGGAGGAGAAGGAAAGAGAGGAGAGAGAGAGGGCAGCUAGGGUGAUCCAGAGAGAGUGGCUGGAGCACAGAGAAAAGGUAACUCACUAACUAACUAACCAGAAACAGAGUGGAGCACAGAGAAAGGGUAACUCACUAACUAACUAACCAGAAACAGACAUUUUAAAUAAUCUGUUGUACCUGCCAGCUGCCACUACAGAACUGGAAUUACUUUUGAAGGGGAAUGAAGACAAAUGUCCAUCUCCCCCCAGGACACAGUGUUGGUCCAGUCAGCAAUAAGAGGACAUCUCCUCAGACAGAGCCAUCUAGCUCACCUCCGAGACACACACACCAGCACUCACAGCAAGGUAACACACCACAUACACACACACACACACAUCUGCAAUGUUGUAGUUCAACCAAAUAGCCACUUAGUGGCACUGUUGUACCGUAUUUAAAAUGGGUAUCUAUUGAGUUGAGUGAAAAUGCCCUAAUUAGGCUCUGAUCUAAGAGUUACUGUUUAAUGUUUCAUUUCCAGAGCGGCCAAUCAGAGCGCGGCAGUGAUGUUACUUCCUGUGUGGAGGGUGAUGGGGAGCUGGAUGCCUUGACGCUGAUCCAGUCUGUGUUCCGAGGUCACCUGACACGCAGCGCACUAAUGACGGAGAGGUGACACACACCACACACACACACACACACACCACACACACACACCACACACCACACAGACACACCACACAGACACACACACCACACAGACACACACACACACACACAUACACCACACACACACACACACCACACAGACACCACACACACACACACACACAGACACACACCACACACACACACACACACCACACACACACACACACACACACCACACACACACACACACACCACACAGACACCACACACACCACACAUUUAUAAUAAUAUAAUAAUAAUAUGCCAUUUAGCAGACGCUUUUAUCCAAAGCGACUUACAGUCAUGCGUGCAUACAUUUUUGUGUAUGGGUGGUCCCGGGGUUCGAACCCACUACCUUGGCGUUACAAGCGCCGUGCUCUACCAGCUGAGCUACAGAGGACCACAUAUUGGGAAGUGUCAGUUUUUUAAAUUGUAUGUAUAACUGUCUGUUUGUAGCUCAGAGUCUCCAGCCCUUCCUCCCUGUGGGCCCACCCCAGCCCCUAGAAGAGUCCCCUCUGUCCCUACAACACACACUCACAGCAACACAGGUGAGACACACACACUGAAUCUGACACCUUGGUGGCACAGUGCUGACUGAAGGACAAAUCAGGAAUGUAAUAUGUGUGUGUGUGUGUGUGUUAGCCCCUCCAGGCAGUGAUGAAGAUGUAACAGAGCUGAGUGAGGAAGAUCCCUGGCCUGUCUCGAACACACUGUCCAACACGAGGAGACUCACACCAGGUACGGAGUGUUUGUGUCUUUCUCUGUGUGUGUGUGUGUGUGUGUGUGUGUGUGUGUGUGUGUGUAUGUGUAAUAUGUGUUCCUGUGCUUCGCCUGUAGCCCAACUACAGCUCCACCCACCUCCAGACUCCAAGGUUGCCAAGGUGAUGGACUCUGAGGAUUCCGACGAUGACAUCAUCGUGUCUCCGUCUCGUUUCGUGAGGAGAGAGGAAAUCUACUUCUAGACCAGAGCAUUGCACUAUGGGAUAUGUAGUGUGUGUGUGUGUGUAGCUGUGUGUGCAGGGUUUUGCUCUAGCCCUACAGGAACACCAGAUUCAGUCAAGGUUCAGAGGAGACGCUGAUAAGUAGAAUCAGGUAUGUUGCUAGUGCAAGGCUGGAACGAAGUCCUACACGUUAGUUAGUGUAGGGCUGUACAAAUAAAAUAAAUCCUGCACAUAUCCAGGAGGGUUGGUUGGUCACCCCUCUGCCCCAAACAUCUCUCUUCUGAUAUAGAUCCUUUUAUGUUGCCAAAGUGCCUGAGUGCUCUAUAUAGAUUGUUUGAUGAUCAGAAACAAAGUUGUAAACCAUGAAAGAGUUUAUUGCAGAAUGAGCGACUUUAAUUAAUGUCUAUCAACAGAAGCACUGCUGAUUCAAACUGUGAAAUCAUCAUCAUCAUCAUCAUCGUAAUAAUAUUCUACUGCAAUAUGAUGCUCAGAGGAAUGUGUGUGCGCGUGCGCCUGCGUGACUGUUAUACAUGUUCUUUUAUCAUUCCAUCUUUGUGUGUGUUUUUUUACAUGUUUUAUUAUGAUCGCUAUAAUCCAUUAAAAUAAUGUUUUAUCUGAUUUUAAA